AGUCCACUCGGCCCUAAACGCACUCGACGACCUCGACAGGCUCCUCCUCAAGCAGAGCCCGGCUCACCUCUCCUUCUACACAAAAUGUCGUCCUCUCCCAAGGCCGUCCAGACUUUCGGCAAAAAGAAGACUGCCACCGCGGUCGCCCACGCUCGUGAGGGCAAGGGUCUCAUCCGCAUCAACGGCUCCCCCAUCCAACUCGUCCAGCCCGAGAUCCUCCGUUUCAAGGUCUACGAGUCCAUCCUCGUCGCCGGCGAGGACGCUUUCGCACCCAUCGACAUCCGUGUCCGCGUCAAGGGUGGUGGACACACCUCGCAGGUCUACGCUAUCCGCCAAGCGAUCAGCAAGGCCGUCGUCGCCUACUACGCCAAGUACGUCGAUGCGUACAGCGCAAUUGAGCUCAAGAAGAAGUUGGUCGCCUAUGAUCGUACACUCUUGAUCGCCGACCCGAGACGGAUGGAGCCCAAGAAGUUCGGUGGUCAUGGUGCGCGUGCUCGCAGGCAGAAGAGUUACCGGUGAAGGGUUGUCGUGCCGGGUUGUUCUUUGCUCUCCGUUCUCGUGCAUUCUCGUCAUCAUGUUUUACUCUCCUUCUUCACUUAUGCCAUGACAACAUGCAAGGGUCUAUGCAGUGUAUGAUGUGGCACGCGGAAUUGCAGUGCGUCUGUAUCAAGACAUGGACUGAGA